AUGCAAUUGGUUCGUGCUCUUUUCCGCACUGCGAGUGCUUUGUCGUGGCUGGGUGCUGCUGCUCGGAUUGCCACGAUACCAACAAUUCCCUUCACAGAGACUGGGGGUACCUACAAUGUGUCUAUGCUCACCGAUAUUGUGGUCGAUUCGCGUUACGCAGAGGAGGUGGACAAUAUUGGCCAGACCUUGAUCCCGCCGACGUUGCUGGAGUUCGCGCAGACCUUCCAAGGGGACCUCAAGUCGGUCCUGGAACUGGACUUGAAACUCUCCCAGGCCACGAAGCGCAAACCUAACUCCAUCUUCGUCACCUUUGGCAACGACACGAGCUUCAUGGAUGCUGCAGGACGAUGGACCCAAGAGGGAUAUAAACUACGCGUAGACGAUCGCGGGCUGGUUGUGACAGGUGCCAGUCCCCUGGGUUCAUGGUGGGCCACUCGGUCAAUUAUUCAAGCUACUGUUGCUGGAAACUCCACGCUCGCGAAGGGAUCGGGUACUGAUGCCCCUGGCUGGGGCACCCGUGGUGUUAUGCUCGAUGCCGGGCGACACUACUACCCGCCAGAAUUUCUGGUUGAAAUGUGCUCGUACCUCUCGUUCUUCAAGCAAAACACGUUUCACGUCCAUCUGAGCGACAACCUCUACAACAAUGUCGAAAGGUACUCUGCAGAACAAUCUCUGGAGCUGGCCGCAGCGUUCCGACUUUGGUCCGAUGAUCAAGCCGUAGCUGGCCUAAACCGUCGCCAAAACGAAUCCUAUACUCGCGAGCAGUUUGAUAAUGUCCAGAUCCAGUGCGCAAAGCGUGGUGUCACUAUCAUCCCCGAGAUCGAGGCUCCCGGCCACGCGCUCGUCAUUGUCCAGUGGAAGCCCCAGCUGGGACUCGAUGACCUGAGCAUGCUCAACAUCAGCCACCCGGAGACCAUCCCCACUAUGAAGGCCAUCUGGAAGACUUUCCUUCCAUGGUUCCAUAGCAAAGUCGUUCACAUCGGCGCUGAUGAGUACGAUAGUAGGCUGGUCUCUGAUUACACGCAUUUUGUUAACGAGAUGAACACGUUCAUCCAAACGGAGACCAAGGGCGAGAAGUCCAUGCGCAUCUGGGGUACUUUCACGCCCAAUCAGGGAGCAAAUAUCUCCAAGACCAUCUCGUAUCAGCACUGGGAUGUCAGGGCGGAUCAACCCUAUUAUGACUACAUCCAGAACGGGUACAAUGUACUCAACUCCGAUGAUUAUGUCUACCUUGUCGGCGGAUGGUCCGGGUCAUUCGCACAGGAAUUGGAUCUGAGCAAGAUUUUCAAUGGCCCAUUUGGCUCUCCUUACUCACCCGUGGUCUUCGACAGCAAGGCAAUCGGCGAUAAUCCGUCCCGUCGCAACCCCCGCGUUCUGGGCGAAGUCGCCGCGCUGUGGAAUGACUACGGCCAAAACUCGACUACCGUGCUGCAAGCUUACUACUCCUGGCGCAAUGCGCUCCCCGCUCUAGCUGAUAAGCAAUGGGGUGGUAACAUUACCGAGGCUGAGUACACCUCUAUCUUCGACACCCUUCACGCUGCAGUGCCAGCCCAGAACCUGGACCGCAAAAUCCCCAGCAGGUCCGACACAAUCCUGCACUACACGUUCGACAAUUCAAACUCAAACACUGUUAGGGACCGCUCCGGCAACGGAUAUGAUGGGACCAUCCACGGUUGCCACAUGACCGACUCCACCAUCCACUUCGCUGGCGGGUGCUACCUCGAGACACCGCUGAGCAGCAAGGGGCGCGACUACACGCUCUCGUUCCGAGUGAAGCCUACUUCCAGCAAUCCAGGUACUCUCUUCGCUGGUUCAGACUCGACCUUCGUCAAUGGAAACGGGACCAUCACCAACGCCACUCUGAUUAGCGGCGGGAGCCCGUACUCGUUAAACUAUACACUGCCGCUGAACAACUGGACCGAUGUCAGUCUCGUUGGUGAUGGUAAUGCCACUCGCUUGACUGUCUCUACCGAUGGUUCUAAGUCGGAGACGAUGGAGUUCACUACCAGAAUUGGUGUCGACGGAGAAUACUCCGUCUGGGCGCCGAUUGGGGUUGAGGCGCCGCUCGCCCGGGUGGGCGAGGGGUUCACUGGGUUGAUGCAGAAUAUUAUGCUGCGUGGGAGUGCAGCCUAG